UCUCUAUGGCCAAGAUGGUGAUCGUGCAAGUGUACGGCAUUACACUAGUGCUGCAAAGGAAUCAACUAUAUCAGAUAAUGGUGAAUGGAUUACUGACCAACAUUCCUGUAAGUCUGGAUGAUGGAAAAGUGAGGGUCCAGCGAGAAGGCAAUCAAAACGUAAUAUUAACAGACUUUGGCCUGAGAGUUUCCUACAACAUGAUUUAUCAUGUCGCCAUUACACUCCCAAGCAGCUAUGCAGGAAAGACCUGCGGCUUAUGCGGAAACUUUAAUGGUGAUAAGAAUGACGAAUUCCUGUUACCAAAUGGCAAGGAAACCAAAGAACUGAAAACAUUUGUAGCUGCAUGGAAAGUACCUGUUCCUGGUAUUGUGUGUGAUGACGGCUGCAGUGGUGCUUUCUGCCCAGAAUGCCCUGAAGAUAAGAAAGCUGCAUUUGAAAAGGACUGUAGUAUUCUUAUCAAUCCUGAAGGUCCAUUUGCUGCCUGUCACAGCGUAAUUAACCCUGAUUCCUACUUCAACGACUGUGCCUACGAUGUCUGCAUGGGCGAAGGAAAUAAAAAUAUGCUCUGUCAAGACAUUGCUGCAUACAUGACUGCCUGUCAGGAUGCAGGCGUUAAUGUUAAAAAUUGGAGAACACCAACAUUUUGUCCUCUUACCUGUCCUGCCAACAGUGUCUAUGAAAUCUGUGCAAAGGGAUGUGACACACCUUGUCCUGGCCUUACUGAUGUAAUGAAGUGUAAUAUUCAGACCUGUGCUGAAGGCUGCAUUUGUAAAUCUGGAUUCUUUAACAAUGGGACUGGCUGCGUUACAGCAGAUCAGUGUGGCUGCUAUGAGAAUGGACACACCUAUAAGAUUAAUCAGACUGUCAUCACAGAAUCUUGCCAAGAAAGUUUGACCUGUCUUCCCUCUGGAAAAGUGCAUCAUGAAACCAUAGAAUGCAGUUCUAUUGAAGUCUGUGAGGUAAAGAAUGCAGUUCGUGGCUGCUAUCCAAAUCCUAAUGCUUCAUCAGGUAUCUGUUGGGUCAUGGGAGACCCACACUAUCGUACUUUUGAUGGCGAGUACUACAACUUCAUGGGCAACUGUACCUACAUUCUGGCCAAAAACUGCCAUGUAGACAAUGAUCACCCAGCAUUUGAAAUCCAGGCCAUGAAUAAACGCACUGGAAGCUCAAAAGGCACCAGUGUCAGUGGAGUCAACAUUCAAGUCUAUGGUCAAACUAUCACCAUUAUCCAACAUGAGAAUGGGUUUGUCAGAAUUCGUGAUUCACUUUGGUGCCUUCCAAUCUCCUUGGACAAUGGCAGAGUAACUCUUCAGCAAAGUGGCCUGUUGGUUAUAAUCAAGACAGACUUUGGAUUGUCAGUGCAGUAUGAUUGGGAUCAGUAUUUAGUGGUGAGGAUACCAGUUAGCUUUGUGGGAAGGAUGUGUGGCAUGUGUGGGAACUUCAAUGGAAUAAAAGGUGAUGACCUUACCACUCCCAAUGGCAGCGUAGCAAGCAGUAUUCCACAACUGGGAAAGAGCUGGAUAGUACCAGGUUUUGUGGGUGAAGCUUAUUGUACAGAUGAUUGUGUUGGUCAGUGUGAGAGCUGCCAGGGAGAACCAUGGAUUGAACGUCUAGCAGCAGAGUCCUUCUGUCGCUUGGCCACCAUUCUAACUGAUGGUCCAUUACGCGAUUGCAACUCUCUCAUUGACCCCAAGGUUUUUUAUGAAAAUUGCCUUCUGGACUACUGUUUGGGAAAAGGAUUGAAGAAAUUUCUAUGUAAGACAGCAGAGAUUUAUACAGAUGCUUGUCAGCAAGCUGGCAUUCAUGUGCACGACUGGAGACACAUCAUUGGCUGUCCUACCCCUAAAUGCCCAGCAAACAGUCACUUUGAGUCCUGUGCCUGUCCUGCUACCUGUGAGAAUCGCACUCCUUCUGCUGAAUGCAAAGCAAACUGUGUCGAGGCUUGCACUUGUGAUGAUGGAUACUUGUGGAGUGGAAACAAGUGUGUCCCGAAGUCUCAGUGUGGCUGUAUGUACAAAAGUGGAGGUGAGGAGCGUUACUUACAGGCUGGAGAAUCCAUCUGGGCUGAUGACAAGUGCACCAAAAACUGUACCUGCAACCCAACAAAUGGUCAAGUCGUAUGUGAAACCAGCAGCUGCUCAGGUGGAACAGAAUGCAGUGUCGUCAAUGGGAUCAGAGCCUGCCAUCCAGUACAUCAGGCCACCUGUAUUAUUCAUGGAGAUCCUCACUACAACACAUUCGACAACAGAACCUACAGCUUCCAGGGCACUUGUACUUACACUGCUGCUCAGGGCUGCCACCUGGAAGGAACACACCUCACUCCAUUUGCAGUGAUAGUAGAAAACGCAAAGUGGAAUGAGAUCCAAGCCAGUCCAAAUGUCUCUAUGGCCAAGAUGGUGAUCGUGCAAGUGUACGGCAUUACACUAGUGCUGCAAAGGAAUCAACUAUAUCAGAUAAUGGUGAAUGGAUUACUGACCAACAUUCCUGUAAGUCUGGAUGAUGGAAAAGUGAGGGUCCAGCGAGAAGGCAAUCAAAACGUAAUAUUAACAGACUUUGGCCUGAGAGUUUCCUACAACAUGAUUUAUCAUGUCGCCAUUACACUCCCAAGCAGCUAUGCAGGAAAGACCUGCGGCUUAUGCGGAAACUUUAAUGGUGAUAAGAAUGACGAAUUCCUGUUACCAAAUGGCAAGGAAACCAAAGAACUGAAAACAUUUGUAGCUGCAUGGAAAGUACCUGUUCCUGGUAUUGUGUGUGAUGACGGCUGCAGUGGUGCUUUCUGCCCAGAAUGCCCUGAAGAUAAGAAAGCUGCAUUUGAAAAGGACUGUAGUAUUCUUAUCAAUCCUGAAGGUCCAUUUGCUGCCUGUUACAGCGUAAUUAACCCUGAUUCCUACUUCAACGACUGUGCCUACGAUGUCUGCAUGGGCGAAGGAAAUAAAAAUAUGCUCUGUCAAGACAUUGCUGCAUACAUGACUGCCUGUCAGGAUGCAGGCGUUAAUGUUAAAAAUUGGAGAACACCAACAUUUUGUCCUCUUACCUGUCCUGCCAACAGCGUCUAUGAAAUCUGUGCAAAGGGAUGUGACACACCUUGUCCUGGCCUUGCUGAUGUAAUGAAGUGUAAUAUUCAGACCUGUGCUGAAGGCUGCAUUUGUAAAUCUGGAUUCUUUAACAAUGGGACUGGCUGCGUUACAGCAGAUCAGUGUGGCUGCUAUGAGAAUGGACACACCUAUAAGAUUAACCAGACUGUCAUCACAGAAUCUUGCCAAGAAAGUUUGACCUGUCUUCCCUCUGGAAAAGUGCAUCAUGAAACCAUAGAAUGCAGUUCUAUUGAAGUCUGUGAGGUAAAGAAUGCAGUUCGUGGCUGCUAUCCAAAUCCUAAUGCUUCAUCAGGUAUCUGUUGGGUCAUGGGAGACCCACACUAUCGUACUUUUGAUGGCGAGUAUUACACCUUCAUGGGCAACUGUACCUACAUUCUGGCCAAAAACUGCCAUGUAGACAAUGAUCACCCAGCAUUUGAAAUCCAGGCCAUGAAUAAACGCACUGGAAUCUCAAAAGGCACCAGUGUCAGUGGAGUCAACAUUCAAGUCUAUGGUCAAACCAUCACCAUUAUCCAACAUGAGAAUGGGUUUGUCAGAAUUCGUGAUUCACUUUGGUGCCUUCCAAUCUCCUUGGACAAUGGCAGAGUAACUCUUCAGCAAAGUGGCCUGUUGGUUAUAAUCAAGACAGACUUUGGAUUGUCAGUGCAGUAUGAUUGGGAUCAGUAUUUAGUGGUGAGGAUACCAGUUAGCUUUGUGGGAAGGAUGUGUGGCAUGUGUGGGAACUUCAAUGGAAUAAAAGGUGAUGACCUUACCACUCCCAAUGGCAGCGUAGCAAGCAGUAUUCCACAACUGGGAAAGAGCUGGAGAGUACCAGGUUUUGUGGGUGAUGCUUAUUGUACAGAUGAUUGUGUUGGUCAGUGUGAGAGCUGCCAGGGAGAUUCAUGGAUUGAACGUCUAGCAGCAGAGUCCUUCUGUCGCUUGGCCACCAUUCUAACUGAUGGUCCAUUACGCGAUUGCAACUCUCUCAUUGACCCCAAGGUUUUUUAUGAAAAUUGCCUUCUGGACUACUGUUUGGGAAAAGGAUUGAAGAAAUUUCUAUGUAAGACAGCAGAGAUUUAUACAGAUGCUUGUCAGCAAGCUGGCAUUCAUGUGCACGACUGGAGACACAUCAUUGGCUGUCCUACCCCUAAAUGCCCAGCAAACAGUCACUUUGAGUCCUGUGCCUGUCCUGCUACCUGUGAGAAUCGCACUCCUUCUGCUGAAUGCAAAGCAAACUGUGUCGAGGCUUGCACUUGUGAUGAUGGAUACUUGUGGAGUGGAAACAAGUGUGUCCCGAAGUCUCAGUGUGGCUGUAUGUACAAAAGUGGAGGUGAGGAGCGUUACUUACAGGCUGGAGAAUCCAUCUGGGCUGAUGACAAGUGCACCAAAAACUGUACCUGCAACCCAACAAAUGGUCAAGUCGUAUGUGAAACCAGCAGCUGCUCAGGUGGAACAGAAUGCAGUGUCGUCAAUGGGAUCAGAGCCUGCCAUCCAGUACAUCAGGCCACCUGUAUUAUUCAUGGAGAUCCUCACUACAACACAUUCGACAACAGAACCUACAGCUUCCAGGGCACUUGUACUUACACUGCUGCUCAGGGCUGCCACCUGGAAGGAACACACCUCACUCCAUUUGCAGUGAUAGUAGAAAACGCAAAGUGGAAUGAGAUCCAAGCCAGUCCAAAUGUCUCUAUGGCCAAGAUGGUGAUCGUGCAAGUGUACGGCAUUACACUAGUGCUGCAAAGGAAUCAACUAUAUCAGAUAAUGGUGAAUGGAUUACUGACCAACAUUCCUGUAAGUCUGGAUGAUGGAAAAGUGAGGGUCCAGCGAGAAGGCAAUCAAAACGUAAUAUUAACAGACUUUGGCCUGAGAGUUUCCUACAACAUGAUUUAUCAUGUCGCCAUUAGACUCCCAAGCAGCUAUGCAGGAAAGACCUGCGGCUUAUGCGGAAACUUUAAUGGUGAUAAGAAUGACGAAUUCCUGUUACCAAAUGGCAAGGAAACCAAAGAACUGAAAACAUUUGUAGCUGCAUGGAAAGUACCUGUUCCUGGUAUUGUGUGUGAUGACGGCUGCAGUGGUGCUUUCUGCCCAGAAUGCCCUGAAGAUAAGAAAGCUGCAUUUGAAAAGGACUGUAGUAUUCUUAUCAAUCCUGAAGGUCCAUUUGCUGCCUGUUACAGCGUAAUUAACCCUGAUUCCUACUUCAACGACUGUGCCUACGAUGUCUGCAUGGGCGAAGGAAAUAAAAAUAUGCUCUGUCAAGACAUUGCUGCAUACAUGACUGCCUGUCAGGAUGCAGGCGUUAAUGUUAAAAAUUGGAGAACACCAACAUUUUGUCCUCUUACCUGUCCUGCCAACAGUGUCUAUGAAAUCUGUGCAAAGGGAUGUGACACACCUUGUCCUGGCCUUGCUGAUGUAAUGAAGUGUAAUAUUCAGACCUGUGCUGAAGGCUGCAUUUGUAAAUCUGGAUUCUUUAACAAUGGGACUGGCUGCGUUACAGCAGAUCAGUGUGGCUGCUAUGAGAAUGGACACACCUAUAAGAUUAACCAGACUGUCAUCACAGAAUCUUGCCAAGAAAGUUUGACCUGUCUUCCCUCUGGAAAAGUGCAUCAUGAAACCAUAGAAUGCAGUUCUAUUGAAGUCUGUGAGGUAAAGAAUGCAGUUCGUGGCUGCUAUCCAAAUCCUAAUGCUUCAUCAGGUAUCUGUUGGGUCAUGGGAGACCCACACUAUCGUACUUUUGAUGGCGAGUAUUACACCUUCAUGGGCAACUGUACCUACAUUCUGGCCAAAAACUGCCAUGUAGACAAUGAUCACCCAGCAUUUGAAAUCCAGGCCAUGAAUAAACGCACUGGAAUCUCAAAAGGCACCAGUGUCAGUGGAGUCAACAUUCAAGUCUAUGGUCAAACCAUCACCAUUAUCCAACAUGAGAAUGGGUUUGUCAGAAUUCGUGAUUCACUUUGGUGCCUUCCAAUCUCCUUGGACAAUGGCAGAGUAACUCUUCAGCAAAGUGGCCUGUUGGUUAUAAUCAAGACAGACUUUGGAUUGUCAGUGCAGUAUGAUUGGGAUCAGUAUUUAGUGGUGAGGAUACCAGUUAGCUUUGUGGGAAGGAUGUGUGGCAUGUGUGGGAACUUCAAUGGAAUAAAAGGUGAUGACUUUACCACUCCCAAUGGCAGCGUAGCAAGCAGUAUUCCACAACUGGGAAAGAGCUGGAGAGUACCAGGUUUUGUGGGUGAUGCUUAUUGUACAGAUGAUUGUGUUGGUCAGUGUGAGAGCUGCCAGGGAGAUUCAUGGAUUGAACGUCUAGCAGCAGAGUCCUUCUGUCGCUUGGCCACCAUUCUAACUGAUGGUCCAUUACGCGAUUGCAACUCUCUCAUUGACCCCAAGGUUUUUUAUGAAAAUUGCCUUCUGGACUACUGUUUGGGAAAAGGAUUGAAGAAAUUUCUAUGUAAGACAGCAGAGAUUUAUACAGAUGCUUGUCAGCAAGCUGGCAUUCAUGUGCACGACUGGAGACACAUCAUUGGCUGUCCUACCCCUAAAUGCCCAGCAAACAGUCACUUUGAGUCCUGUGCCUGUCCUGCUACCUGUGAGAAUCGCACUCCUUCUGCUGAAUGCAAAGCAAACUGUGUCGAGGCUUGCACUUGUGAUGAUGGAUACUUGUGGAGUGGAAACAAGUGUGUCCCGAAGUCUCAGUGUGGCUGUAUGUACAAAAGUGGAGGUGAGGAGCGUUACUUACAGGCUGGAGAAUCCAUCUGGGCUGAUGACAAGUGCACCAAAAACUGUACCUGCAACCCAACAAAUGGUCAAGUCGUAUGUGAAACCAGCAGCUGCUCAGGUGGAACAGAAUGCAGUGUCGUCAAUGGGAUCAGAGCCUGCCAUCCAGUACAUCAGGCCACCUGUAUUAUUCAUGGAGAUCCUCACUACAACACAUUCGACAACAGAACCUACAGCUUCCAGGGCACUUGUACUUACACUGCUGCUCAGGGCUGCCACCUGGAAGGAACACACCUCACUCCAUUUGCAGUGAUAGUAGAAAACGCAAAGUGGAAUGAGAUCCAAGCCAGUCCAAAUGUCUCUAUGGCCAAGAUGGUGAUCGUGCAAGUGUACGGCAUUACACUAGUGCUGCAAAGGAAUCAACUAUAUCAGAUAAUGGUGAAUGGAUUACUGACCAACAUUCCUGUAAGUCUGGAUGAUGGAAAAGUGAGGGUCCAGCGAGAAGGCAAUCAAAACGUAAUAUUAACAGACUUUGGCCUGAGAGUUUCCUACAACAUGAUUUAUCAUGUCGCCAUUAGACUCCCAAGCAGCUAUGCAGGAAAGACCUGCGGCUUAUGCGGAAACUUUAAUGGUGAUAAGAAUGACGAAUUCCUGUUACCAAAUGGCAAGGAAACCAAAGAACUGAAAACAUUUGUAGCUGCAUGGAAAGUACCUGUUCCUGGUAUUGUGUGUGAUGACGGCUGCAGUGGUGCUUUCUGCCCAGAAUGCCCUGAAGAUAAGAAAGCUGCAUUUGAAAAGGACUGUAGUAUUCUUAUCAAUCCUGAAGGUCCAUUUGCUGCCUGUUACAGCGUAAUUAACCCUGAUUCCUACUUCAACGACUGUGCCUACGAUGUCUGCAUGGGCGAAGGAAAUAAAAAUAUGCUCUGUCAAGACAUUGCUGCAUACAUGACUGCCUGUCAGGAUGCAGGCGUUAAUGUUAAAAAUUGGAGAACACCAACAUUUUGUCCUCUUACCUGUCCUGCCAACAGCGUCUAUGAAAUCUGUGCAAAGGGAUGUGACACACCUUGUCCUGGCCUUGCUGAUGUAAUGAAGUGUAAUAUUCAGACCUGUGCUGAAGGCUGCAUUUGUAAAUCUGGAUUCUUUAACAAUGGGACUGGCUGCGUUACAGCAGAUCAGUGUGGCUGCUAUGAGAAUGGACACACCUAUAAGAUUAAUCAGACUGUCAUCACAGAAUCUUGCCAAGAAAGUUUGACCUGUCUUCCCUCUGGAAAAGUGCAUCAUGAAACCAUAGAAUGCAGUUCUAUUGAAGUCUGUGAGGUAAAGAAUGCAGUUCGUGGCUGCUAUCCAAAUCCUAAUGCUUCAUCAGGUAUCUGUUGGGUCAUGGGAGACCCACACUAUCGUACUUUUGAUGGCGAGUACUACAACUUCAUGGGCAACUGUACCUACAUUCUGGCCAAAAACUGCCAUGUAGACAAUGAUCACCCAGCAUUUGAAAUCCAGGCCAUGAAUAAACGCACUGGAAGCUCAAAAGGCACCAGUGUCAGUGGAGUCAACAUUCAAGUCUAUGGUCAAACUAUCACCAUUAUCCAACAUGAGAAUGGGUUUGUCAGAAUUCGUGAUUCACUUUGGUGCCUUCCAAUCUCCUUGGACAAUGGCAGAGUAACUCUUCAGCAAAGUGGCCUGUUGGUUAUAAUCAAGACAGACUUUGGAUUGUCAGUGCAGUAUGAUUGGGAUCAGUAUUUAGUGGUGAGGAUACCAGUUAGCUUUGUGGGAAGGAUGUGUGGCAUGUGUGGGAACUUCAAUGGAAUAAAAGGUGAUGACCUUACCACUCCCAAUGGCAGCGUAGCAAGCAGUAUUCCACAACUGGGAAAGAGCUGGAUAGUACCAGGUUUUGUGGGUGAAGCUUAUUGUACAGAUGAUUGUGUUGGUCAGUGUGAGAGCUGCCAGGGAGAACCAUGGAUUGAACGUCUAGCAGCAGAGUCCUUCUGUCGCUUGGCCACCAUUCUAACUGAUGGUCCAUUACGCGAUUGCAACUCUCUCAUUGACCCCAAGGUUUUUUAUGAAAAUUGCCUUCUGGACUACUGUUUGGGAAAAGGAUUGAAGAAAUUUCUAUGUAAGACAGCAGAGAUUUAUACAGAUGCUUGUCAGCAAGCUGGCAUUCAUGUGCACGACUGGAGACACAUCAUUGGCUGUCCUACCCCUAAAUGCCCGGCAAACAGUCACUUUGAGUCCUGUGCCUGUCCUGCUACCUGUGAGAAUCCCACUCCUUCUGCUGAAUGCAAAGCAAACUGUGUCGAGGCUUGCACUUGUGAUGAUGGAUACUUGUGGAGUGGAAACAAGUGUGUCCCGAAGUCUCAGUGUGGCUGUAUGUACAAAAGUGGAGGUGAGGAGCGUUACUUACAGGCUGGAGAAUCCAUCUGGGCUGAUGACAAGUGCACCAAAAACUGUACCUGCAACCCAACAAAUGGUCAAAUUAUUUGUGAAAAUGCACAUUGCCCAGUUGAAACAGCAUGCAAAGUUAAUAAUGGGAUCAGAGCCUGCCAACCACUCUCUCAAGCCACCUGUAAUAUCUAUGGAGAUCCUCACUACAACACGUUUGACAACAGCAGCUACAGCUUCCAGGGCACUUGUACUUACACUGCCGCUCAGGGCUGCCACCUGGAAGGAACACACCUCACUCCAUUUGCAGUGAUAGUAGAAAACGAGAGAUGGAAUGAGAUCCAAGCCAGUCCAAAUGUCUCUAUGGCCAAGGUUGUUGUUGUGGAGGUGUACGGCAUGAUAUUAGUGCUGAGAAGAAAUCAGCUACAUCAGAUUAUGGUUAACGGUAUCUUAACCAACAUCCCUGUAAAUCUCAAUGAAGGGGAGGUGAUAGUCCAACAGGAGGGCUAUUAUAAUGUCAUCAUUACAAACUUUGGUCUAAGAGUGGCCUAUGAUAUGAUUUACCACGUUAGUAUCACAGUCCCCAGCACCUACCUUGGAAAGACCUGCGGCAUGUGUGGAAACUUUAACGGUAAUAAGAACAAUGACUUCCAGUUACCAGAUGGGAAAGAAGCCAAAGAUGUGAAAGCAUUUGGAGCGGCUUGGAAAGUGGCCGUCCCCGGUGUCGUGUGUGAUGACGGCUGCAGUGGUGAUUUCUGUCCAAAUUGUACUGAUGCUAAGAAACUUGUGUUUGAAAAGGACUGUAGUAUUAUUACCAACCCCAAAGGUCCAUUUGCUGCUUGUCACAGCGUAAUUAACCCGGAGUCCUACUUCAGAGAUUGUGUUUAUGACGUCUGCAUGACUGAGGGAGAUCCACAUAUGCUGUGCCACAGUAUCGCUGCGUACAUGACUGACUGUCAGGGCUUUAACGUUCCUGUUAACAACUGGAGAACACCAACGUUUUGCCCUCUGAAAUGCCCUGAGAAUAGUACUUAUGAUAUCUGCGCCACAGCAUGUGACACACCUUGUCCUGGCCUCCUUGACGUCAUCAAGUGUAAUAUUCAGACCUGUCUCGAAGGCUGUAUCUGUAAACCUGGAUUCUUCAGCAAUGGGACAGGUUGUAUUAAAGAGGAUCAGUGUAGCUGUUAUGACAAUGGAAAGACCUUAAAGAUUGGCGAGGUUAUCAUCAAAGAUGAUUGUCAAGAAACUCUGACAUGUCAAAAAUCUGGUAUAGUGAAACAUGAAAGCAUGAAAUGUAACACUGAUGAAGUUUGCCGAGUAGAGAAUGGUGUUCGUGGAUGCUACCCGAAACAGUGCAUGUUGGAGGCUGCAGGCUCCUUCACCCUUUUCAAUGGAAGAACUUUGCUCAUCCCAUCUACAGGAGCUUUUGAUUUGGUGAAAAUAUGUGACGAUAUUGUUAUAGACGUUUGGUUCCGUGUGGUGGUGGUUUUGCAAGAGAGAACCGGGGUCGUCUCAACUGCAGCUGUUCAUGUCUUCUUUGAAAAUGUUUUUGUCACUGUUAGCAGCCAAGCUGAGAUUUGGUUCAAUGGUCUAAAGAUGACUCUGCCUACUAUGGAAAACAAUGGCGUAAUUGUUAAGGUCAUUGAUCAGACAGUGAUCAUUGAAAAGUCAUCUUCCCUUAGAUUGUCCUACAGUCUAUCGCAGGACGUCAGAAUCACAGUGAACGAAGGAAUUGCUGAUAAAAUUUGUGGUGCUUGUGGAACAUUUACCGGCUCUAUUACUAUUGAAAGCAUAAUGCUGUAUAUGGAUCAAUACAGAGCUCCUGAUUUUCCUACUUGCACCUUGUAAUGGGUAAAGAACUGCUUUUUCGUUCUGGAGGCUGAGAGCAUCAACCAAGCAACAAACAUCCGAUAAUAUACCACUUGAUUUUGUGCAUGAUUCUC